AUGACAAUGUUCUCUUCAAUGGCAAUCCUGUUGCCUUCUCCUUCUGUCAUCUUCGCUUCCCUCCUCUUCCUCUUGCUCAUUCUAAAGAAAUGGAAGAAAUCCAACAAUGCCAAAGACCCUUCUUCGAAACUGCCUCCAGGGCCGAAGAUGCUCCCUCUUCUGGGGAAUCUUCACCAGAUGGCAGGGUCGCUCCCUCACCACUCGCUCCGGGAGUUGGCCAGGAGGCACGGCCCGAUCAUGCGCCUCCAACUAGGCGAGAUCCUGACCAUCGUUAUCUCGUCGGCAGACAUGGUCAAGGAAAUCCUUGGCAAGAAUGAGCUCGCCUUUGCCCAGAGGCCCGAGAUUGUGGCCCUCGAGGUCAUCUCCUAUGAGAACUCGAGCUUCGUGUUCUCUCCCUACGGCGAGUACUGGAGGCAGAUGCGCAAGAUUUGCGUGUUGGAGCUCCUGAGCAUGAAGAGGGUCCUCUCUUUUAGAUCUAUAAGAGAGGAAGAGUGUUGGGACAUGAUCAAAACAAUACAAUCAUCUCAAGGAAAGGCUGCGAACUUGACCAAGAUUGUACUGAACUUGAUCAAUGACAUCACCUCGAGGGCAGCAUUUGGUGAGAGAUGUAAAUAUAGAGAUGAGUUCCUUUCUUUCCUCGAGGAAGCGACAUUGGUUGCUGGGGGAUUUGAUCUUCCAGAUCUCUUCCCUUCAAUUUGGUUCUUGCGUUAUCUCUCAAGAAUGAAACCGGCUUGGGAGAGACUGCACAAGAAGAUCGAUGGGAUCCUCGAUCACAUCAUUGCAGAACACAAGGAGAAAUUGAAGGGAAACGGUGGGAACAAUGAGGAAAAAAUGCAAGAGAAGAUCUUGUGGACGUGCUCUUGA